AAGUGUGGGUUCAGAAUCGAAUAUCAUUGUUGUAAUCAGCAACUAGUUAAUGGUGAGGUGUUUGAUUGAUUUAGUCAAGUUGAUUUUCACAGUUUCUGAAAGUAGAAAAAGCAACAUGGUUGAUUAUUGAUUUCAGCAUUUUAUCAUCUUAUAAAUCCUGGUAGGGAUGACUUGAUUCUGUGGUGCUUUGUUUAAUUUUAUUGCACACUCGGCUGCUGUAUUCUGUGUCAAUUGCAGUAAGAAAAUGCUCUUUUCAAGAUGCAAAACAAGGCAGUCAAUUCAAUAAUAACCUGUUCUUAAUGAAGUGGGUGGUAUAGGUUUUCUUUUUUGUCGUUUGGCUGGUUGUUUAUAGGUGUGGUGCCUAUAAGCAGUAAAUAUUCAUCUGAUUAAGUUGCCACUAAUAAGAUACCAGAAUGAUUCAAUGUUUUUGUGCAAGUAAUCAUUUAAAAUUGAAAAUGGUAAGUUGGAUGAUCACUUGUGAUGGUUGGGAGGGUUGCGUCUCAUUUUUUUGAACACCCGGGAGCACCAUACAUUGGGGAGUUUGUCCAGUUGAUACUCUUUAAGAACUUUACAAGAAGAUUAUAAGGAGAAAACAUAAUAUAGGAAAGGAAGGGAAAAUUUGGUGGUUGUCUGUAUUGAUUCUAUGCGCCACAUGUACUUCAAGUCAACACCUCCCACAGACUCUAUGUACUGUUCUGCAAUUUCAGAUAUCGUGAGGGAGAUGAUCACUUGCUUACAUCAAUAAUAAGGCUAUUGAAUAGUCUAUAUGCAUUCAGGACUUAUAUAAGGAAGAACUCCACCUUCCUUUCAUGCUCAAGAAGGGUCGGCACUUUCUAAGCCUCGAAUCAUCCAACCCUCCUUUCCCAAGCCUCGUUUGAUUCUGCUGGGGUUCAGUAGUCCUUGUCUGCAAUGGGGCCCCAUUCAACUGAUGAGGUGCCAGAAGCGAAAGAGGACAUUCGUAGCCUGUCAUCCUCACACAGACAUACGCCGAACUUGCCGUACAUGCACAAGGUGGGAGUUCCCCCUAAGCAAAAUCUCUUCAAGGAAUUCAAAACCACAGUGAAGGAGACGUUCUUUGCAGAUGAUCCUCUUCGCUCUUUCAAGGAUCAAUCUAAAUCUCGGAAGUUCAUUCUAGGCAUCCAGGCUAUUUUCCCCAUUCUUGAAUGGGGGAGAAGCUACAACCUAACUAAGUUUAGAGGGGAUCUCAUUGCUGGACUCACCAUUGCAAGUCUCUGCAUUCCUCAGGAUAUCGGGUAUGCAAAACUUGCAUCUUUGGAACCUCAGUAUGGGCUAUACUCCAGCUUCGUUCCUCCACUGAUUUAUGCCUUCAUGGGCAGUUCAAGAGACAUAGCCAUAGGGCCAGUUGCUGUGGUGUCUCUCUUACUAGGAAGUCUGCUUCGGGCAGAGAUUGAUCCCACAGAAAAUCCAGCAGAGUAUCUGCGGCUUGCAUUCACAGCUACAUUUUUUGCUGGGAUCACACAAGCCACACUUGGAUUUUUUAGAUUAGGUUUCUUGAUCGAUUUCUUAUCCCAUGCUGCCAUUGUUGGUUUUAUGGGUGGAGCUGCGAUUACAAUAGCCCUCCAACAGCUUAAAGGUUUUCUUGGCAUCAAGAAUUUCACAAAGGAAACUGAUAUUAUUUCUGUAAUGCAUUCAGUAUGGGCCUCAGUUCAUCACGGGUGGAACUGGCAGACUAUAGUCAUUGGGGCUACCUUUUUGGGUUUUCUUCUAUUUGCUAAGUACAUUGGAAAGAAGAACAAGAAAUUUUUCUGGGUACCUGCAAUUGCUCCAUUGAUAUCAGUUAUUCUGUCUACCUUCUUCGUGUACAUUACCCGUGCAGAUAAGAAAGGUGUUCAAAUUGUGAAACACAUAGAUAAAGGAAUCAAUCCUUCAUCUGCAAGUCAAAUAUAUUUCAGUGGUGUUUAUCUCCUAAAAGGAUUUAAAAUUGGUGUUGUGGCUGGUUUGAUAGCAUUGACGGAAGCCGUGGCAAUUGGCAGAACAUUUGCUUCCAUGAAGGACUAUCAACUGGAUGGAAACAAAGAAAUGGUGGCCCUAGGAGCAAUGAAUAUUGUUGGUUCAAUGACUUCUUGCUAUGUGGCAACAGGUUCCUUCUCUCGUUCAGCAGUAAACUACAUGGCCGGAUGCAAGACUGCAGUCUCUAACAUUGUGAUGUCCUGUGUUGUAUUCCUAACCCUGGAAUUCAUCACACCUCUUUUCAAAUACACCCCAAAUGCCAUUCUUGCUUCCAUCAUUAUAUCUGCUGUGAUUGGCCUAAUUGACUACGAUGCAGCAAUUCUGAUAUGGAAGAUUGAUAAAUUUGAUUUUGUUGCUUGCAUGGGAGCCUUCUUUGGUGUGGUUUUUAAAUCUGUUGAGAUUGGUCUCUUAAUUGCGGUUGCCAUAUCCUUUGCCAAGAUCCUCCUACAAGUUACAAGGCCAAGGACUGCAAUUCUUGGGAAGCUCCCUAGGACAACUGUUUACAGGAACAUCCAACAAUAUCCAGAGGCAACUAAAAUUCCAGGCUUGUUAAUUGUGAGGAUUGAUUCUGCAAUCUACUUUUCCAAUUCUAACUACGUCAAGGAAAGGAUACUGAGAUGGUUGACUGAUGAGGAAGAACACUUGAAAAAAGCCAACCUACCAAGAGUUCAAUUUUUGAUUGUUGAGAUGUCCCCUGUAACUGACAUAGACACCAGUGGCAUCCAUGCAUUGGAAGAGUUACACAGGAGUCUCCUAAAGAGAGAUGUCAAACUGGUUCUGGCAAAUCCUGGGCAAGUGGUUAUCGACAAGCUUCAUGCAUCCAAGUUCGCAGAUGAUAUCGGCGAGGACAAGAUCUUUCUCACGGUUGGAGAUGCUGUCGUAACCUGCUCUCCCAAGUUGGCAGAGGAAGUUUAAGCCUUUAAGGUGUUCCAAAAGCAGAAACAAAAAAGAAAAGAAUAGAAAAAUAAUGCAAUGUGGGUGAGAGAGAGAGAGAAAUGAGAUUGGCAUCUGUAAAUAGUGUUGAAGUGAAGAAAGAGGGAGCUCAGGGUCUGAUCCAUGGUGGGUGGGGUCACCAUACAGGUGGUUGAGUGCGUGGAUGGUCCCCCUCUUUUUUCCUCGUCUUUCUUUCCAUCAUUUUCCCUUUAAGCAUAAAAAAUGAAGAAGAAAGAAACUGUUAUUUCUCAA